ACCCAGGAAGCUCCAGACUUAUCAUGGAGCACGGACUCAGGAGCAUCCCGUCCUGGAACCUGGACAAGUUCAUAGAGGAUUACCUCCUUCCGGACACCACCUUUGGUGCUGAUGUCAAAUCAGCCAUCAAAGUCGUGUGUGAUUUCCUGAAGGAGAGAUGCUUCCAAGGUGCUGCCCACCCAGUGAGGGUCUCCAAGGUGGUGAAGGGAGGCUCCUCAGGCAAAGGCACCACGCUCAGGGGCAAGUCAGACGCUGAUCUGGUGGUGUUCCUUAACAAUCUCACCAGCUUUCAGGAUCAGUUAAACAGACGGGGAGAGUUCAUCAAGGAAAUUAAGAAACAGCUGUACGAGAUUCAGCAUGAGAGACAUCUUAGAGUCAAGUUUGAGGUCCAGAGUUCAUGGUGGCCCAAUGCCCGGGCUCUGAGCUUCAAACUGAGUGCCCCCUAUCUGCAUCAGGAGGUGGAGUUUGAUGUGCUGCCAGCCUUUGAUGUCCUGGAUGAACCGAGAAACAACCAGCAGAAUGACAUUGAAUGCUACCGUGCAAUCUACCCCAGCCUCAUCGAUGAGUGCAUCGAACUGGACAAAGAACGUGAUGAUUUGGACAUGGAAGGUAGUUUCGCCCUGAGCUUCACGGAGCUCCAGAAAAAAUUCAUGAGUGGUCGUCCCCCCAAGUUGAGGAAUCUCAUCUGUCUGGUCAAGUACUGGCAUCAACUGUGUUUGGAGAAGGUGGGGAAGGCUGUACCCACACGGUACACCAUGGAGCUGCUCACAGUCUAUGCCUGGGAGCACGGGAGUGGGGUUGCUGAUUUCAACACAGCCCAGGGCUUCCGGACCGUCUUGAAACUGAUCACCAACUACGAGUAUCUUAUAAUCUACUGGACAGUAUAUUAUGACUUGCGAGACAGAGAGAUCCACGACUACCUGCGCAGACAGCUCCAAAAGGACAGACCAAUCGUCCUGGACCCGGCUGACCCAACGAGGAACGUGGCUAGUAAUACGAUCAGUGGCUGGGAUUCUCUGGCACAGGAGGCUGAGAAGUGGCUGGAUUACCCAUGCUUUAGGAACAUGGAUGGUUCCCAAGUGAGAUCCUGGGUAGUGCUGGUGAGACCCUGUGUCAUCAUUCCUGCCCUCUUGCACACAGCUUCGGGAAAGGCUAUUGUGGAAUGA